AUGCAAACAUUCCAACCAGGGGACAGAAUCUCGCUUUUUGGUUUCUCAAGGGGAGCAUACACUGCUCGUGUGCUCUCAGGAUUCCUGCAAAAGAUCGGCUUGUUGCCACGUGAAAAUCAUGCACAGAUACCUUUUGCCUGGAAGAUCUUCAAGUCUAGCGAUUGCAAUGGUGGCCUUGGAAAAUGCUCUGAUUACAAGAAGACUUUUUCGUUUACAAAGAUAGAAGUUGAUUUCCUCGGACUUUGGGGUACUGUUGCUUCGGUUGGAAUAGCUGGCAAAGAGUUACCUUUUGCUACAGUCUCGGUUGACCGUGGACUUCGUAUCUUUCGCCAAGCACUUGCUCUGGACGAGUGUCGAGUGAAGUUCACCCCCAACUUUAAGCUUACGAAAGCUGGCACUCCAUCGGAAUUGAAAGUCGAGGGUGCAGAUGCACGAGAGACAUUGGAAAAGGAAGCCGGUGGUGAAGAUGCACCGAAUGGUCCGUAUCGGGGAACAACGUAUAGUCCACGUCUACUCCAUGAAAAUCCGGUGCGUGAGGUCUGGUUUGCCGGAUGCCACUCGGAUGUCGGAGGAGGCUCUGUUCCCCAUUCGACACGCAAUUCACUCUCACGCAUUCCCCUUCGACGGAUGGAAUCGCUUGCAGACAUCGGAUUUGGCACAGUUCCAUUCACGAACGAACAGCUUUUUCGGAGGGACCAACAGAAUGUCCCAGUAGCAGUCAACGAAAAAGAAGAGCAACUCGAAGACGCAAGAUCUCCGAUAGUCGACCAACUCUUCAAAUGGUACUGGUGGAUUCCCGAACUGUUCCCCGUCGCUCUCCGCCAGCAAAAUUCGAGAGACGGGCAGCGCAGCAAGUACAAGAGACAAAUUAACCUUGGAAGAGGGCGUAAGAUAUAUGGAGACGCAUGGGAUUUUGUGGAGCAUAACGGUGAGAAACAGUGGUACAUACAGAUACAUCGCUCUGUCCAAGAGCGCAUGAACUUGCGGGAACAUACUGGCUACGUUUCAAAGGACUUGUAG